GCUGCUCGGGGACAACAAAAGCGAACAGAGAGAAAAACGCGCAGUAGCAAUUUAAUUAACAAAAUUCGAGGUGAAUGCGCUAGCAUAACAUGGACGAUGUCCCGGUCAAGAUAGUCGAGCGCUACAAACCUCCGCCUGCCGUUUUUCACCUGCCGCAGGCUACUCUCAACCGUCUGACGCAGUUCCGUGAAGACUUCUAUGCGGAUCACCCGGAUUACAAGUAUGAUUGUCAGCUGGAGCGGGCGGUGGUGAGUCAGGCGGAACGCUGGCGCCAGCUGCGUUGCCAGCAGCGGGAGGAACGGACCAGACGCCAGGAACGCCGCAAAGAGGAGCGCCAAAGAGCGCUGGAAGCCAGGCAGAAAGAGAUGCUUGGAGCAGUCGACUAUCCCAGUACGGACGACUUGUCAUCAGACGAGGAAGAGGAAAAGACGGACGCAGAAUGGAAGGAAAAGCAACAGCAUGCCCCUCCAACCACAAUUGAGUCACGCGACUCCUCGCACGAACCAAAGUCAAUAAGCGUGUGCAAUUUCCACAACAUCUUGCAGCCCACCAUUCUUAGCACCACUCCAGUAGCGAGUCCCCAGACGCUGCACAAGCGAAAUAGCUCACUGAACUACGCGGAUUUCGAGUAUAACAUGAACUCUACUCCCUUCGAUAACAUCGAGUUGAAGACCAUUAACGAUCUGGAUAUACUUGCCCAAGUGCUGCACCAGACCCAGCUAGAAGAGCGCAGGGAUCAAACGCAGCAGCAAAACAAUCAUCCACGAAAUGAAGAUCAUUUACAGCAGAAAGAUCACCCCAAAGAGGAGCAUCCCCAUCAGGAAGUGCCAGCUCCUGUGGAGCUUACGAUGACCACCCUGGCGGAGACCAAAGCGACGCUAGACAGCGUCAAUUUCCAUGUUCAAUGUGAUGAAGAUGAGGGCCGGAGCGACCCCAGCCACAUUCCAGCAACGCCUCUAUACUCGACGCCCAUGUACAGCGCUUCCCCCCAGCAGCAGCUGCCCACACCGGAACACUUCCAGGUGUACAGCCACCAGCCAGUCUACUCCCCGCAGCAACAUACUUACCAACGGCAAAAUAAUUACUAUGUCAAUGGAUUCGGCACGCCCAAUCAUUUGAUGGCGCCUCCAGCGCCUUCCUCUGUGCUGGCUCUUAGCCAGUCUCAGGACGAGGUGUCCACCAAGUCGAGGAGCGUGCCCGACAUCCUGCGUGAGCUGAAGACCGAGCUGCAGCAGGCAGAAAAUCGUCGCAAUCGCCUGCACAGCCACAACGAGGAGCAGCAGCCUAUUAUGGAGGCGGCGAUGAACAGGAACUCUUUCAGGGAGCUGGCUGGACCGGCACAGAAGUUAGCCCAACGAAUCAGUACCAUGGGAUUCCCUCUGGAACGAGUCGCGAAGGUGGUUAGCUUGUGCGGCAUCGAUGAUAAAAAGAUUAUAGAACACCUCAUACCACUGGGCGAGCUUAUGGACCUAGGCUUUGACGAAUCGAAAAUCUCGGCGGCGCUUCUAAAGUUCAACAAUAACAAGGAUAAGGCGCUGGACUAUCUAAUCAACUAGUUAAAUUUAGGGGAACAUUUUGAUAUGGCCAGCUUUUAUCCCAUACCCUCACCCAGCAUCCUUUGCCCAAUCAGCUUAUCGAUAUGACUCCUCUAAAUGUAUUUUUAAUUAUUACAAUUUCUUGUGAGAUAUUCCUUGCUUAAGUUGGGAGUUGAAUGCUUCAGAAUCCUCAGCAGCAGAAUAAAUAUAAGUCCGUAUAUUAAGCAUA